AUGUUGGUCAGGUUCGUGAACGACGUCAACCACGCCGAAGCCCCCAUGUGGCUGAGGGGUUUGCUGUAUAAGAGCAUUUUGCUUAUCUGCAUAAGUUGCGUUGGCGUGUAUGCGAUCACUAGGGCUUUGGUGACCUUCUAUCGCCUCUAUCUGCAUCCGUUGGCAGCUUUCAAGGGGCCAAGAGCGGCAGCGAUUUCCAGAAAUUGGGUAUACAAAGUUCUCACGGGUCCAAGCCUACCAGAGACAGUCUUUGAGAAAUUGCAUACUGAAUACGGUGUGAAAGCGAUUCGAAUUGGUCCGAAUGAGUUGCAUCUUACUGAUGUUUCGCUGUACAAAACGAUAUACAACCAAACGACUCCCUACCUAAAGGAGCAUGGCUUCUACGAUGGAUUCUUGACUCCUCACACCAUUUUUGCGGAGACUGAUCCCCAACUGCACAAGGAGCGGAGGAAGAUGCUAAACCCUAUGUUUUCUAAGAUGGGGGUCAGAAAACUGGAGCCUGUGAUACAAAAGAAGAUCUUGACUUUGGGCAAGAAGAUCAAGGCUAUUGCUUCCAGUGGACCUAUCAACGUGUAUGAUGCUUACAGAUGCAUGGCCAUUGACAUCAUGAUGAGAUUUGCAUUCGGCAACGAGUCAGACGCCAUCAAUGAGACGCCAGGAACUUUCAUAGCAACCUUCCUGACAGCAUUUGAUGCUGCCUCCCACACCCUGGCGGACACACAAGAAAACCCGGUAAAGCGAUUUGUCGCAGGCAAAAUUCCAUUAUCUCUGGUUGCAAAGGUUGACAAGAAUAUAAGAGUCAUCUAUAAGCUACAAGACACGGCUUACCAGGGCAUAAGGCGUCACAAGAAGCUUACAGAGUCUCCAUCACAUCCGGUCAUUUUUGAUAACCUAAAAUCCCUCACUGACAAAGCACAAGCCGCACAGUCGAUUGAAAUACUUCUCAUUGGCUCUGACACAUCGGCGUUCACGCUAAGUAUGGGCUCGUUCCAUAUCUUAUCCAGUCCCGAGUGUAAGGAAAAGCUCGUGGCGACUCUCAAUGAGCAUAUUCCGAAUCCGGAUGCAAUGCCAUCGCUUGUCGAGCUCGAGAAGAUUGAUUAUCUCUGGGCCGUUGUGAAAGAAGUUCAGCGAAUGGCUAUCUCUGUUCAUGGGCGGCUACCUCGGGUGGUACCUAAGGAAGCUCCGCCAUUGCUCGUUGAUGGAAAGGUUAUUCCACCAGGCACGGUCAUUGGAAUGUCAGCAUAUACAAUGCACACAAGCAUUGAGUUGUGGGGUCCGGACAUGGAACUAGGGAUCCUGACAGGCUCGAGGAGUAUUUGUGUACCUUCAGCAAGGGCUGUGGCGUAUGCCGAAGUGACUAUGGCACUCGCGUACUUUUUCCGGACAUUCGACAUGACAUUGAAGACAACCAAGCCUGAGCUCAGGGGUCACUUCACCCUAGGUUUUGCUAACGGCAUGAUGAUAGACUUUAAGAAAUCUUUGAGAUAG